UCUAUUUUCUCUUGCUUCUUGCUAGCCGUGGCGAGUCCCCUGUUGGGUACGGAGCAGUGUGCCCGCGGUCCCCCCUACUGGUGCCAGAAUGUCAAGACCGCUUCCCUUUGUGGUGCCGUCCAACACUGCCAACAGAACGUGUGGAACAAGCCUCAGAUGAAAUCUGUGCCAUGUGAUCUGUGCAAAGAGGUGUUGAUGGUGGUGGAGCAGCUUUUGAAGGACAAUGCCACAGAGGGCGAACUCCUCGGAUACAUGGAGAAGGCCUGUCAGCUGAUCCCUGACGAGGGCCUGGCUGACCAGUGCAAGGAGAUUGUUGACAACUACUUCCCCAUUCUCAUGGGCAUCAUCGAAGGAGAGCUGGUGAGCCGGAUACUUCCUUGCCUUCCCUUUUAACUAAUUCAGUAACAU